GUGUAGUUGUAGCUUAUGUCGAUCUACAAGAGAGAUGAAAAAUGCUCCAUAUGUAUAAUUAUACCCUGACAGCAGAAAGAAAGAAGUUAAAAAAUGCAGAAGUUAAUGUGAGGAAGUGACGUCUCCCUGAUCACAGAAGUACAUAGGCAUCAUCUUUAAGAAGCAGCAGUUCAGACAGCUGAGGGUGAGAACCAGAGACACAUGAGAGAGAAGAACGAUGGCUGGAUUCACACGGAUUAACAUGGUUUUGUUUCUGAUGCUGGAGCUUCAGUUUACAGUGACUGAACAGAAGGACACUGAUAAGUUGACAUUGCUCUGCUCUCUGUGGACUGAUGGACGGUGCAUUUACACAGUGAAGUGGCUGCUGAAGGGAAACGAUGUGGAUAAAGAUAACAAGGACUUGAAGACAUCACAGUCUCCUUGCAAUGCCACUUUGACUUUUCUGAUUUCUAAUUACAUUUACUCAUUCAGGGAUAAGUUAUUAACCUGUGAAGUGACUAACAGAGACCAACGGUUUAACUUCACCUUUCAGCCCACAGGUGAAGACACAAUAACAGCAACAACGCAAUCAACAACAGAUAUAACUGAAGCAUCACCCACUGCUGCUUUUAAUCCCCAAGACUGGUGGUGGUGGUACAUUGUUGUUGCUGUGGUUUUUGUUGCACUUCUAAUACUGGUUGCAGCCAUCAUCAGAUGGAAGAGAGCUAAAGGGAACAAAACACCGAUGAAUGACAGUAUUGCGCUGAGCUCAAAGUCUGCAGUGACUCAGUCAGCUCCAGAAACCAGUCAGGACACGGUUGAUCCUGAAGAUGGAGUUUCCUACGCCUCCAUCAGCUUCACAACGAAGGCCAACAGUAAAGCCAGGGUUCAGAUGAAAAGCAAUGAUAAUAAAGGUGAAGCAAUAACCUACGCCACUGUGAACGCUUCCUCUACUGACCCCAGCGACCUCUACGCUAGCAUCAUCUAACCAGAUCAGUCAAACUAAAGUCCUGAGAUCAUUGUUCAUGUUAUAUAAAUGAACAUUUUAGGAUGAUUUGUUGUAAAAUAAAAGCUUAUGUUAGUUAAGUGGUGGUACAGUGU